AUGCGGGUCGUUGACGAGGCACAAAUUGAGCGGCACUAUGAAGGACACGAUCUUGCUGAGCUCUACAAUUUCGAUCCAAAAUCCUUGACGGAGAAUGGAAACCAACGUCCAGCCUAUGCUCCUCCGAAAGAUCUUCUAUUGGCUGAUGUCCUCCACAAUCAACCGGAUACGAUCACGGACUUUUUCCAACAUGACACAUUGUUUGCUAAUGUCGACAAUGAGAAAUUAACAGAUGAAGAAUGUCGCGAAGCUUGGGAGGAUUACGAACAAGAAAAGAAGGGUAUUCGAGCGAACACUUUGGCCGGAACGAAUCAAUGGAAUGCUGGACGCGGUGCGAAUCCUCUUCAGGGUCUCUCCAAUGAGCAGCGAGCAAUACUAGAAAGACAACAAGUUCGAAUACCAUCAGCAAUGGCCACUAUCCAGUCGGACCCGAUUUUCCUGAAUUGCUUCUUGAUCAAAAACAUGGAGAAUGACACAGCUGUGAAGAUUACUUACAUCAAACGAGUGCUUGAGGAAUUGUUGCCGAAGAUUCCAAUGCAUAUGCGAGGAGGAAUCACCGAGUUUACCGGGUACUUCCAUACUCUUAUCAACGAAGUGCGACAGAACAAUCAAAAACCGGCUUAUCUUCAACAACGAGCAAUUUCUGUUUUCCGAACAGUUGUGAAAAUGACAAAGGACGUUCUGGAGUGUAAAACAAUUUUGCGACAAAUCUACAAUUCGACACCGAUGUUCUUCGACCCACUCGAGCCACCACCA